AUGAGAUUUCAGUCUCUUUUUCUUGUCCUUAUUGUUUUGUUUGCCUCAGUGGCCACAAAUCAAGCCCUAAACAUCAACAGACGCGUCAACGUCAGUGAUCCACAAAUGAUUGAUAUUGCUAAAUUUACUGUAACCGAACACAACAAGCAAGUUACUGAGGCGAAAUUGAAGUUUGAGAAACUUCUCGGUGGUUUAACCGAUGAGACCGUCUACAUCCUCGCCAUUUCUGCAAACAAUGGUUCAGCUUCUAACAUCUAUGAUUCACUUGUGUAUGAGAGUCCACCAAAUCACUUUAACCUCAAAUACUUUCAUAUUCGUAACAGUUAA